UGCCCUGAUGCUGGCGUUGUGCGCUCAGCUGGCGUCGUCGGGGGAGCGGCAGGUGACGCUGCGCGCGGUGCCGCCGCAUCUGUCGGGCGCCUUCAGCUGCGAGGUGUCGGCCGACGCGCCCUCCUUCAGCACGGCCGUGGCGCGCGGGGAGCUCACCGUCACGGACUUCCCGGACCUCAAGAUCUCCAGCGACCUGUACGACGGCGGCCACUCGCUGACGGCCAACUGCACCUACCAGCCCCUCAAGCUGCCCACCUCGCUCACCUUCUACGUCAACAACGAGCCGGCGCCGGCGUCGCUGGUGCGCGAGUGGGAGGGCGGCGCGGCGCUGCGGCUGGCGCCGGGCCCGCGCCACGUGUCGCCCGCCGGGGAGCUGGGCCUGCGCUGCGUGCUGCUCGUCGCCGGCGAGUU